GAUGCCUGUGAUUAUCAACAGUGUCAGAUGGUCUGGACAGAGGGAUAGAGAGUAAAUAAGAGAGAGAAAUAGAAAGGAGAGUGAGGAAGGAAAGGUGGAUGUGACAGGAAAGCAGACAGACAUCUAUGUUCACAUUGAGAGCGUUACUUCUUCUAAACUUGGAGAGAUGAGUGAAGCAGGAGGCAUGUCCACCAUAGAGGUCCCAGAAGGAAAGCUGGUGAAGAAGGGCUCCAUCAAGAAGAAGAUCGACUCUCUGAGACGGUGGAGCUCUGCCAGCCUGAAGCGACCCCCCCGGACCAAGGCCAAGACCCUGAGCCUGUCGUCCCCCUCUGAGGACCACCCCCAGGAGGACCGCUGUCUUCCCGACCCCACCAGGAGGAGGCUGCGCCCCAUCGUGGACUCCGUGUUCGGACAGGGGGCGCUGCCCUCGGAGGGGAGCGGGGCGCCGCUGGCUGCGAUGCUGGGGGGGGUUGGGGGUGCCUACGACCCCUACGUGGAGGAGGACGACGGAGGGGGCGAGAUUGAGUUCGGGGAUCCGCUGAGCGCUCUGGUCCAGAACUGCAACGUGCUGCACCACAUCGUGGGCCCGGCCUGCGUCUUCCUACGACAGAGUUUCGCACAGAGCCAGCUUGACAGAGAUCUACGUCCGGAGGAGAUGGAAGAGCUGCGGGAGGCCUUCCGGGAGUUUGACAAGGACCGCGACGGCUUCAUCAGCUGUAAGGACCUGGGGGAGUGCAUGAGGACCAUGGGGUACAUGCCCACUGAGAUGGAGCUGAUCGAGCUGAGCCAACAGAUCUGUGGCGGCAGAGUGGACUUUGAGGACUUUGUGGAGUUGAUGGGUCCCAAGAUGCUGGCAGAGACUGCAGACAUGAUCGGAGUCAAGGAGCUUAGAGACGCUUUCAGAGAAUUUGACUCUAAUGGAGAUGGGCAGAUCAGCCUGGUGGAGCUGCGUGAGGCCAUGAAGAAGCUGAUGGGAGAGCAGCUGAACCACCGCGAGAUCGACGAGAUCCUGCGAGACGUGGACCUGAACGGGGACGGACUGGUCGACUUUGAGGAGUUUGUGAGGAUGAUGUCUCGCUGAAACGGCUACCCCGACAGACCAGUCAGGAAGAGAACAGCACUGAUGCUGCACUGUGAUGAGCAGACCUCACACUGUUCUUAUGCUGUUGUCAUUCUUAAUAUGAUGUACAGACUGUCAUGUUGUUUUGUAGCUAUUUGUUCUGUAUUGAUCAUCUUUGUGUUGGUUUGAUUCUCUGUAUAGAAACCCUCCCUCCUGUGUGUUGUGUUCCGCUAUGGAAGAGAACAGCCAAUGUGACACAGCUGCAAUGAUGAUUCAGCAAGUAACUCAUCUUAAAUUCGUAUUUAACGUUUGUUUAAAUAAAUCUGUUGAAUUCAUUUAACAAUAAGCUUUCCACUGUUUUGAUUGCCAUUUCAGCUCCUUGAUAUGAAGUAUUUCUAUGUCAUUAAAUCCUGAAUU